AUGGCCCCUGAAGUGAGAAACUAUUCUGCGAUAUUUCAAGUGGUUCGUGGUGGCAGUACCGGAGUGCCGCCGCCAGCGCCGCCCGCCCAUGAUACGGAAAAGAGAUCGCCUCUACUGCCGCAGCAUCAGCAACAACCUAGGCCUGCACCGGUGCCGGUUGUAGAACCAGUUCCAGAACCGCCACCGCCUGUUGUAGUGAAGCCUAUAGUGGUAAAAGCAGUGAAGAAUGUCAAAAUCAAUCAAAAGGUUACAGGUAUCGAGCCUUACCCCGCUCUAGCGUCUAUAGCCACAGUCAGUUUACCUCCGCGCGUCUCGGGUGUCGGUCGCGUGUCCGCAUUAUUCGAAUUUCGAAUGAAAAUAGAACAUUAA